CAAUUAGCAAUUUCGAGAAAAACUCCCUAUUGCCAGUGUUAUUAAAGUCGGACCGAGUCGGUCGGUCAGAUCGGUGAAAUCGCAAACCGACUUUCAUUUCGGUCCGGCCAGGUAAUUUAGCCGCUACAGGUCAAUUAGGGGUUUUGCAAUUUAGUUGACCGGUUAGCCGGACGAGCCGUGCGAACCGCCAAUCCGGUUUUACCGGUCAGAACUACUGUCCAAUGCUCAGGAGGUUUUUAUAAGGAUCCCACUAACGUACCGCUUGGUACCAAAUGAACCAAGAAUUCAUUUCAUUUUAAAAUGAAUUACCAUGUAGAAUUCAUUGUCAAAUGAAUUCCUGUGUUUGGCAUGUCGCAUUCAAAUCUUUAGAAAUAAAAUAAAUUGAAUAUUGAAAUCAUGUUUGGCAUACGUGUAGAAUUCAAUUAAAUCAAAAGUUUCAAACUACACCCUUAUUAGAUUUCCGGCAGAAACCAUAUUCAUUGAAAAUCCAUCUUCUAAAAAACGCCUUUGAUCCCGUACGUAGAAUAUAUAAAAUGUUCUUGUGUGUUUCUAUUAUAUUCAUUAGUUCUUUUCUAAUAUUUCAUCAAGAACCCUACGCUCUAGUUGUGCCUUUUCAACGUACUAAUAUACAAUUGAAGCAGAAAUAUCCAAUAACUAGCAUAUGAUACUAGCGUUGCAAACAAAUUCUUGUCGAUGUUCCUCAUACUGCAUGAAUUGGCGCCAUAUAAUACAUGUCGAAGUAAUUUAGUUAAUAAUUGAUGAUAAUUAUUGCAUUAUAUUAUAAUUAGUAAACAUUGUGGAAUUCAUUUGGAAAUUCUAUCUCAAUUCCUCGAAAUUACUAUAAUUAGUUCUAAUUCCGUAAAAUUCAAAAUUUAGAAUUGAAAAUAUAUUUUUUUAAAUAUCAAACAGAAAAAAAAUUCAUUCCAAAAUGAACUACUCAAAACUUAUGAAAUUUAUUUAUACUAUUAACAUAUGUAAAAUAAAAUAAAAGUUAAGCGACCAUUAGCAACUCCGACAAACACUUCUAUUGCCCAAAAAAUUCUCAAAGUUGGGGAUGAGAAUAUAUAAAAUAAAUAAGUUCAGAGAUGUCUCUCUCCGGUUAUUCGGAACACGUGGACCAAUAAACAAAUUAGCCGAGCUAUCCUUUGAGAAAAAGGAAAAGGAAAAAAGCCCAGCUGACUGGCUUAUUCUUCAAGAAAAAUAUACGUGAUUUCUGGUUUAUGCCCCCACUGAGCAGCAGUCAAUAUAAAUAUCUCCUUUUGGACAUCCUCCUUCUAACUUUGUGCCUUCCUUCGCUUUGAAAAGCUUACAGCCUUUUUCCCGCCGAUCGCUUCAGUUUUCGUUUGCUCUCUCACCGGAUCGUCUCGCCAUGGGUCGCAAGAGCAGUAGCCGUAGUUCUGGCGGAGGCUCUCGUUCUUCGUUCAGCAAGUCUCCUGCCACUAAAGCUGCUUCUUCUCAUCCAGUCCAUAAGUCGACCAGCACCGGAUCUGUGCUGGGAGGUAUCGGAGGUGCUAUUGCUGAUGUACUGGGCUGGGGAGCUGGAAUGGAAAUGGCUCACAGGGCUGUGGAUGCUGUCUUUGGUCCUCGAACCGUGAGGCACGAAACUGUUGCCGCACCACAGCAGCCAGCUGCAGCGAUGACUGCUGCUCAGACUGCUGAUGCCAAUGCAUGUGGCGGGCACUCCAAGGCUCUGCAAGAUUGCCUCACCAGCUUUGGAGCAGACAUCAGCAAGUGCCAGGUGUACAUGGACAUGUUGGCUGAAUGCCGCAACGGCUCUUCUUCGUCAGGAGGGUUUCAGUCUGCUUGAUUCUGACGAAAGCUUUUGUCGUCUCUCGAGGGCCGCGUAUCGGGAGGAGUUAGCUUGAUUUUUGAAGUAUUAUGAGGCUAUUGUUUGUCUAGUAGUAGUGAGUGGGUAUGGUUUGUUGAAGCGAAACUUAACAACUGCUUGGAUUAUGGAUGAGACGAGAUGACUAUUUCCGUUUCUGCUCCCUAAAUGUUGUUUUGUUUGGCUUAAGAAUGGUUUAGUUUAAUUAGCGUCGGAUUAUUAUGAGUUUAUUAAUCAAGUCAUUAUGAGUCUGGGCUAGAUUUUCUUGAUCAUAAGCAUUCUGAAGAGGGCUUGGUUUAACUUUUGAGAAAGUUGAGUAAAAACUUUGGCUUAAGUUGUAAUCAUGUUCUUACUUGAUGUGUAUGUAAAUUCAUUGGUUGUCCUUUAGUUUAAUGAAAUCGUUCACGUAUGGUCACUUUCCGUUAGUUGCCAUCUAUGUCUGUUAACGGGGACAGUUAAGUGAUGAUAUGGCAGACGGAUUCGUCUAAUCAACCUUAUUUAACCCAAAGAAUGACCGAACCAACUCGACCUACCACAUCAUUUAGACCCGUCAUAUCAUCAGUACCAACCCAACCUUCUAACGACCCCUCUAUGUUCUUUAAUUGGCUUUCUAGCCUCCCUCUGUUUCCUUCUCAUUCUGUCCUACCGUAUGGAUCCUCCCCCACAAUUUGUUUUAGGAGAGAUCAAGAGUGGUGAGGUUGGUCAUGUACCCUUUAUCGCCUAGAAUUUGACCGGUUAUUUGAUUGCGGGAGAUAUUCAGAAUGCUCAAAUAUUUGAGCUCAAAGAUCCCCUUUGGAAUCUCGCCGUAGAGCUGGUUCCGGCUGAAAUUGGCUGAGGUUGGUGACGAGGAGUGAGAAAUUGAGGCCGGGAUUUCACCUGUUAGGUUGUUAGCGCGCGCUGACAUUGAUCUUGGAGAGGUGGCGGAGACUGAAAACCCGAGUCGGGAUUUCGUCGGACAAUCUGAUGGUAUCAUGCAAUAGAAUUUGCAAGUUCGCCAAGUUGCCAAUGGCUGGAGGGAUUCCGCCUUCAAUUCGGUUGUAGGAAACCGUGAGAAGGCCGAGCUGCGGCGCCGACAUCGCCGGCAGAAGUUUGCCGAAGAAGUUGUUGCUGAAUCACAGGAAGGUGACGGCAGGGGUACUGAAGAUGCCGGCGGGUCCGCUGAGGAGGUUAUCCACGGACCACGAUACGGAUCUUCUUCAGUGAAUGGCAAUCGCCGAGAUCGUCUGGGAGAGGACCGAUGAAGAAAUUGUUCAUUAAAAUUAGGGUUUCUAAUUUCCCUCCCUUGCAUAAAUCCCUAGGGAUUGAACCGAUGAGGUAAUUGAACGAAACGUCGAGCAGCUUCAGACUGUUGAGCCGGCUCAAUCGGCUCAAGCUACUAGGGAUUUCGCCGCUGAGAUUGCAGUUCGCCUUGUCCAGAAGACCAGAACUUCAACGAAGGUUGCUCAGCAAGCCAAACGCAGUUCAAAGGUCGGGUGGGGUAUUGUAUGGGUAGAGGGUUGGGUUGGUCCAGAUGACAUGGCGGGUCUUAGUGAUGUGGCGGUCUCAUUAUUUUUGGGUUAAAUAGGACUGAUUAUAUGAUUUCGUACGCUACAUCAUUACUUAACGGGCUUCAUUGACGGAGAUGGAUGCCGACUAACGGAAAAUGACCAAAUGUGAACGGUUUUACUAAACUAAAGGACCACUAUUGGAUUUAAAUAUUCAAGUAACCAAACAUGAACGUUUUUAGUAAUCUCAGUGACCAAUCAUGCAAUUAACCCGAUUUAUAAGUUUUUUUUUACAGUGGACCCGAUUUAUAAGUUAGUGGUACAAUUUUCGAUAGAAUAAAUGACUUUUCUUAUA